AAUUUUGCUUGGUUUCAUUUGUUUUCUUGUGUAUGGCUUUUAUUGGUUUCAGACCUUUAGUUUUCUUUAACAAGAUAGGGAGCUGAAUAACAGACUAUUAUUACUCUUUGCUUUCCUCUUUCUUACAUCUAUUCUUCUCUUAGCUUUUGUCAUCUCUAGGGUUUCAGACAAAGCAGCAAAAGAUAUAUAAAGCACAAACUACAUCUCUUAGACUACCCUUUUAUUUUUUCCAACAAAAAGUUAUUAAGGUAGAAGUGUAUGGGAGAAUGAUAAAGGGUAUGCUAGGAGAUGAUAGUAUGUCAAAUUUAACAUCUGCGUCUAAUGAACCAAGCAUAUCUUCAACAUAUAAUAGAAUUGAAAUUGGUAGUUCUCUCUACCCUCAACUACAAAACAUUCAAACACAACCACUUCCUAACAAGAAGAAGAGAAAUCUACCAGGAAAUCCAGAUCCAGAAGCAGAAGUUGUAGCAUUGUCUCCAAAAAGUCUUUUGGCAACAAAUAGAUUUGUAUGUGAGAUCUGUAACAAAGGAUUUCAAAGAGAUCAGAAUCUGCAGCUACACAGAAGAGGACAUAAUUUGCCAUGGAAGUUAAAGCAAAGAACAAAUAAAGAGGUGAAGAAGAAAGUAUAUGUGUGUCCAGAGCCAUCAUGUGUACACCAUCAUCCAUCAAGGGCACUAGGGGAUCUCACUGGGAUUAAGAAGCAUUUUUGUAGAAAACAUGGUGAGAAGAAAUGGAAAUGUGACAAAUGUUCAAAACGUUAUGCAGUUCAGUCUGAUUGGAAAGCACACUCCAAGAUUUGUGGUACAAGAGAGUAUAGAUGUGAUUGUGGAACCCUUUUCUCUAGGAGGGAUAGCUUCAUUACCCACAGAGCUUUUUGUGAUGCUUUAACAGAAGAAAGUUCAAGAACAUUAAUCCCACCACCAAAUUCUUCAACUUCUCAUCACCUUAAUCUCCAUACACUCCAAAACUUCCAACUGAAACAAGAACAACAACAAAGUAACGACCUCUCUUCUCAGUUAUUCAUUCAAAACCCUAACUGCAACAUCUUUGGUGCGCCACCUCCUCACAUGAGCGCAACUGCAUUGCUACAUAAAGCAGCACAAAUUGGAGUAACUUCUUUGUCUUCUUCCGCUGCUGCUGCUAAUAACAUGAGUGCAACAAAUUUUUUCAGUCCUGCUACUGUUACUAGUACAACAACUGGCAUGGCAAUGACAGGAGCAGGUGGUGAUUUAGCGUCACGUGAAUAUCAUCAUCAAUUUGAAAAUAAUAAUACAAAUGCUGAUUUUGUUACUGGUAGUAGUACGUCUUUUCAUGAAGAUUUUGGUGCUAGUGUGACCCCUGGAUUCAUGGAACAAGUCCAUGACAUGCAAAACAUGAUGGCGCCUUCUUUGCCUUGUACUAAUUUUGAUGAAGGAUUUGGUGGCGGCACACAUUUGAUGAGGUCAGGUAAAGAAAAUAAUGAAGGGUUGACAAGAGAUUUCUUGGGUCUUAGAGCAUUUCCACAUCAUAGUAGGGAUUUUCUCAAUACUACUACUACAGCUGCUGCUUUUCAUCAUAUAGGUUCUGCUGCUUCAUUUGAUCAUCAGAAUCAGAAUCAAAAUCAAUCAUCUUGGCAAAAUUAGUUAUACUUUGAUGUUCAAUUAUAUUUUGUUAUUGUUGUUUUGUAUCUCUACUAUAAAGUCCUUUGGAAGGGAGCUAAGCACCCCUCUUAACUUGCUUUUUAUCUCUCUCUAUAUAUAUAUAUUCAUCCUUUCAGGUUCA